AGCCACCCAGUGUCCACUUGUCCCCGCUGCUGUCCUGGAGAACAGGAACAGAAGGUUGAUAAAGUCAGCACUAUCCCGGGGCCUCAUCCUGGGGCCUGACACCGUUGCUUGUGUGAGCCCAACCCCAGUCCGCAUGAUGAAGGUCAAGGCUGUUGUCCCUCCUCUGGCCCCGGAGCCCACACAAGCUCGGCAAGUGCUUGUGGCGUCAUAGGAGUGAUUGUGAAUGCAACUUUCGAAAAUUACUGGGUGGUUUUAGGAGUCUGACAAAGAUUUUGGAUUUGUCAUCACCUUCCUGUCCUGUGUCUUUUGAGUCUUGAACUCCAGUUUAGAUGGGUUGAGAUUCUCCUGUCUCUUGACUCGAUAGGGAGAAAGGACCAGAAUGUGGAGGUGGAGGCUCCGGCAAGUCUGUUUCGUCUCAUCUAUCCACGUAGAACAAAAUGCGGAUUUUCUUGACGGAAUUGGUUCUAGGUUUAGAAUUUUACGCAGCCUGUCACCAUUUAGCUCAUUAGAGGGGGAAGACGGGUCGCGAGGACUGGCAGGAAGAACACUCACUCUUCCUGGGGCAGCUGGGGGCGCUGCGCAGAUCCACGUCACUACCAAGGCCGUCACCAGGCUCUGGUAGGAGCUGGAGCAACUUCCCGUCCCGGUGAGGAUUGAGGAGCUCCUAGACAGUCUCACACCAGGCCGGGAGGGUGAGAGAGCAGGCCCGCCCGGAGGGGGGCCAAGUCUGCAGGAAAGGGCUUUGAGCAUAGUUGACUGUGUCCGUGGUGCUGAAGCUCCUUGUGCCCAAGUCUACAACUUCCUGGGCCUAUGCCAGCCAUAUUUUCCUAUUUUGCACCUUUGCCAAAAAUAACUCAUCGCCAAAGCAAGCGGACAGGCCGGAGCCGGCUAGACACUGAAACUCUUCACAGAUGGGUUGAGCGUGGUCUCCUGAGGGAGACACUGCAGGGAAAUGUGGUUCACCUUGGAAGAAGAGAUAAAGCACAGCUUGCUUGAUUUCCUAAAAGUACACACUGUGAGCAAGCACACCGUCCCUAAUCAUUUAUUAUCUGAAGAAAUGGAUACUUCUCCAUCCAAAAAAUAUCCAAUUAAAAAACGGGUGAAAAUACAUCCCAACACAGUCAUGGUGAAAUAUACCUCUCAUUAUCCCCAACCUGGGGACGAUGGGUAUGAAGAAAUCAAUGAAGACUAUGGUAGAUUUAUGGAAGAAAACCCAAAGAAAAGUCUGCUGAGUGAAAUGAGAAGAAAGGGAAGAACUCUGUUUGGAACCAUGGAGACACAGCCUCCACCAUCAGAAGACCCAAGACCCAGUGGCAUGGGACAGUUCCAGAGCUUUGCAGAAAAAAACAUUUUUCAGUCCCGAAAAAUGUGGCUAGUGCUGUUUGGGUCUGCUUUGGCGCAUGGCUGCGUGGCUCUCAUCACGAGGCUCGUUUCGGACCGUUCUAAAGUUCCAUCCUUAGAACUGAUUUUUAUCCGCUCUGUCUUGCAGGUCUUGUCCGUGGUAGUCGUGUGUUAUUACCAGGAAGCUCCCUUCGGGCCCAGCGGUUACAGAUUACGACUUUUCUUUUAUGGAGUAUGCAAUGUGAUCUCCAUCACCUGUGCUUACACGUCCUUUUCAAUAGUUCCUCCGAGCAAUGGGACCACGAUGUGGAGAGCCACCACCACCGUUUUCAGUGCCAUUUUAGCCUUUCUACUUGUAGAUGAGAAAAUGGCGUAUGUUGACAUGGCUACAGUGGUUUGCAGCAUCUUAGGUGUUUGUCUUGUCAUGAUCCCCAACAUUGUCGAUGAGGACAAUUCUCUGUUAAACGCUUGGAAAGAAGCCUUUGGGUAUACAAUGACUGUGAUGGCCGGGCUGACUACGGCGCUCUCUAUGAUAGUAUACAGAUCCAUCAGGGAGAAGAUCAGCAUGUGGACCGCACUGUUUACCUUCGGUUGGACUGGAACAAUCUGGGGAUUAUCUACUAUGUUUGUCCUUCAAGAGCCCAUCAUUCCUUUGGACGGAACAACAUGGAGCUAUCUCAUUGCUAUAUGCGUCUGUUCUACUGCAGCGUUCUUAGGCGUGUAUUACGCCUUGGACAAAUUCCACCCAGCUUUGGUUAGCACAGUACAACAUCUGGAGAUUGUGGUAGCUAUGGUCUUACAGCUUCUAGUGUUACACAUAUUUCCUAGUGUUUAUGAUGUUUUUGGAGGCGUGAUCAUUAUGAUUAGUGUAUUUGUCCUUGCUGGCUAUAAACUUUACUGGAGGAAUGUAAGGAGGGAAGAUUAUCAGGAAAUACUGGACUCUCCCAUUAAAUGAAUACCUGGUUAUUAUUAUCAUCUUGUUAAUGUCUAGUCAUUAACAUGUACACUGCCAUUUUAAUAUUUACCUGUAGAUGUCUUUUGUGUUAUAUUAUUGAUAGAGUGCUAUAUAGUAUGAAUAAUUAUGCAGAUGCAGAAAAAUAUACCAGUCUAAUAUAUUAAAGAAUAUUAAAUAGAUGAAAUAUGU